GAGAACAACGCGGAAACCGGAGAAGCUCGAUUGAACGCCUCCGUGGCCACGAGCGAGAGGAUGAAUGUGGCGCAGCCAGAGCCGUCAUCUGUUCUGGCGUACCUGGAUCCUCAUUACUGGGACGAGAGAUUCUCCAAGGAGGAGCAGUAUGAGUGGUUCAAGGAUUAUUCCCACUUUCGACACAUAAUUCAAGCCCACGUUACUUCUCAUUCCUCUGUCCUGGAGCUUGGAUGUGGAAAUUCACAAAUGUGUGAAGAGUUGUAUAAGGAUGGGGUAACCAACAUAACAUGCAUUGACCUAUCAUCUGUUGUAGUGGAGAAGAUGCAAAAACGGUUAUUUUCCCGGGGAUUCAAAGACAUAAAAGUGCUGCAAGCCGACAUGCUGGAGCUGCCAUUUGGUGAUGAAUGUUUUGAUGUAGUUAUUGAGAAAGGAACUAUGGAUGUAUUGUUCGUGGACAGCGGUGAUCCGUGGAAUCCGAAGCCUGAAACUAUAUCAAAUGUUAUGGCCAUGCUGAAAGGUGUUCACAGGGUAUUGAAACCAGAUGGCAUAUUUAUCUCGAUAACCUUUGGCCAGCCACAUUUUAGGCGUCCUAUAUUCAAUGCUCCAGAUUUUAGCUGGUCUGUUGAGUGGAUCACUUUUGGUGAAACUUUUCAUUAUUUUGUCUACGUGUUGAAGAAGGGACGGAGAUCAUUAUAUGAGGAUAUACCUGUCAAGAGGUUUGAAACGCCACCUCUUAAUCUACUUCAUGAAGAGUUAGAAGGUGAAGAUUACGUUUUCCGAAUCGAUGUUGAUCAAUUGAACUGUUGAACUGUGGGGUCAGAAUAUAUGUUAUCAAAUUCAAUCUUCCUGCUGCAGUUUUAUUUUAUUUUAUUUCUUUAAAUGAAGGAAUGACAUGUUUCCCACCUAGUGGGAUAACGCUGCAUAUUGUUGUUGAAGGAAUGAAAUUUUCCAAAAAAUUUCCAUAUUUAUUAGAAUUUAAACAGUUCUGGUGUGUUGAAAGUGAA